AUGAGAUAAUAAACUAGUUCUUUAAUUCAAUUGCUUUGCAAGUGUCUAAAGUUUCAAAAAACUAAAUCUUAAAGUUAUGAAUAGAUUAAGAAUCCCAUUGAAAUCCCACAAUAAACUGAAAGAUCUUAAGGGAGAAAAACUCUUGUAAUUGAUUUGGAUGAAACACUGGUUCACAGCUCUUUCGAGCCAAUGAAAGUUAAUGAUUUAAUUGUAGAAGUUACUAUGAACGAUUAAAAAUAUAAAAUUUAUGUUAACAUCAGACCAGGUGCUCAUGAUUUUAUUGAAGAAGCCUCUAAAUAUUUUGAGCUGAUCAUUUUCACUGCUAGUAUUAGUGAAUAUGCAAAUUCUGUUAUUGAUUUUUUGGAUCCUCAUGGCUUGGUUGAUUUAAGAUUGUUUAGAGAAAAUUGCACAGUUUACAAAGACAUUCUUGUUAAGGAUCUUUCUUUAUUAAAAAGAAAACUUGAUUCAGUGAUUUUAAUUGAUAACUCGGUUAACUCUUUUAUGUUUUAGCCAAUGAAUGCCGUGCACAUUUUAAACUAUUUUGAAGAUAAAACAGAUUAGGAAUUAACGCUUUUAAUUCCUUUUUUAAAGCUUCUAUCAUAAUUUCAAGAUGUUAGGCCUGUACAUGAAUGGCUAUUUAAGUAUGCUCACUUCGAUAAAUUUGAAUAUGUUGAUGUUAUGGGGAUAAAAUAAUUAUUCUUUGAUUUCCCAACAAGUUCUGAUAGUUAAAGAGAUAAACUACUAAGUCCAGCUGAUACUCCUAAAUUGGAAGAACAUAAAAUACUCGUCAAAUCAGGUCUUUAGGCAAAAAUUGCAUAAAUAUAAAAAGAGGAAGAUAUAAAUGAUGAAUUAAAUGAUAAAUAAAAUGAUUCAAUGUCAGAGGAUAGAUGCACAUAGACACCUAAUAAAAUUGUCGUCAAUGAAGAAGAAAUUCUAAGAGAUAAUUUAAAUAUUAAUUCGCCUAACGCUGGUGGUAAAUAAAUAUUGUUUCCAAGUCUUAAAUGA